UCUGAGUAUCCGAGUCGAGUAUUUGUUCAUUCUCUGUUUGCUGCUCAUCACCAUGAACCUGGUUUUGCUUCUAUCGAUUUUCAUUCUCUUUGUUGGAGUGUUUUCAAAAGAGGCUUUGAAGCCUGAUGUUGUGAAUGUUGGAGCUAUUUUCUCAUUUAGCACAAUCAAUGGGAAAGUUGCAAAGAUUGCAAUGAAGGCUGCUGAGAAUGAUAUAAACUCUGAUCCAAGCAUUCUUGGUGGAAGGAGAUUGUCUAUUGCCCUCCAUGAUUCAAAUUUCAGCUCGUUUCUCGGCAUUAUCGGCGCAUUGCAGUUUAUGGAGACUGAUACGGUAGCAAUAAUUGGUCCUCAAAGUUCAAUGCUGGCACAUGUUCUUUCACAUCUUGCAAAUGAACUUCAUGUUCCAUUGUUGUCGUUCACGGCCCUCGAUCCCAGCCUGUCGCCUCUCCAGUUCCCGUUCUUUGUUCAAACGGCGCCUAAUGACGUGUUCCAGAUGAUUGCCGUUGCUGAGAUGAUUAGUUAUUUUGGUUGGACUGAUGUGAUUGCUGUUUUCAGUGAUGAUGAUCAAAACCGAAAUGGUAUAGUUACGUUAGACGAUGAACUCGCUGAGAGACGUUGCAGGAUUUCUUAUAAAGCCGUACUUCCGCCUGACCAGACAGCAACGAGUAGUGAUGUUCGGAGAGAAUUAACUAAGGUUCGGAUGAUGGAGUCUCGGGUUAUUGUGUUGCACACUUUCUCGAAGACGGGUCUCCUGGUCUUUGAAGUGGCCAAGGGCCUUGGAAUGAUGGGGAAAGGAUAUGUUUGGAUAGCUUCUACUUGGCUAUCCACUGUUUUAGAUUCAACUUCCCCACUUAAACCCGAGACAGCGAACUCGAUCCGAGGAGCACUUACGCUUCGCCUUCAUACGCCUGAUUCGGAAAGGAAAAGGGUCUUCAUUUCUCGUUGGAACCAGCUGAGUAAUGGCUCUGUUGGGCUUAAUUCCUAUGGUCUUUAUGCAUAUGAUACCGUCUGGAUGAUAGCUCGUGCAGUAAGGUCCUUCCUUGAUCUGGGCGCCAACAUUUCGUUUUCGAACGAUGCGCGAUUAACCGAUGCUGGUGGAACGGAUCUGAAUCUUUCCGCAUUAAGUAUAUUUGAUGGCGGGAAGCAGUUGCUUAAUAACAUAAUAGAAACUAAUAUGACUGGUUUGACAGGUCCUGUUCAGUUUGAUCAAGACAGAUCCCUGAUAAAUCCUUCCUAUGACGUUAUUAAUGUAGUUAAAACCGGGUAUCAACAGAUAGGGUUCUGGUCUAACCACUCCGGCCUUUCCGUCGUGCCACCUGAGACGUUUUAUGGGAAAAGGCCUAAUCGUUCUAGUUCAAACCAACAUUUAGAUCGUGUGGUGUGGCCUGGAGGAGGAACAACAAGGCCCCGGGGUUGGGUAUUUCCGAACAACGGAAGAGAAUUAAGAAUCGGAGUUCCGAAUCGAGUUAGUUUCCGAGAGUUUGUCUCGAUAGUCAAUGGCACAGAUAAGGUGCAAGGGUAUUGUAUAGAUGUAUUUCUUGCUGCAAUUAAAUCGAUGCCAUACGCUGUUCCGUACAGGUUCAUUCCAUUCGGAGAUGGCCAUAAGAACCCAAGCUACCAUGAGCUUGUCAGUAAAAUCGAAGCCGGUGUCUUUGAUGGCGCAGUAGGUGAUAUCGCCAUUGUAACAGACCGAACAAGAAUAGUAGAUUUCACUCAGCCAUAUAUAGAAUCGGGGCUGGUCGUGGUAGCUCCGGUAAAAAGAAUACGUUCGAGCCCUUGGUCCUUUGCACGGCCAUUUACUCCAUCCAUGUGGGCAGUCACAGCAGCAUUUUUCGUUAUUGUCGGAUCGGUUGUGUGGAUCCUUGAGCAUCGAAUAAACGAUGAAUUCCGGGGACCUCCUGGGCAGCAAAUUGUCACAAUUUUAACGUUCAGCUUCUCUACCAUGUUUUUUGCCCAUAGAGAAAAUACAGUGAGCACGCUUGGACGCCUUGUGCUGAUCAUCUGGCUUUUCGUAGUUCUGAUAAUCAAUUCAAGCUACAGUGCAAGCCUUACAUCGAUCCUCACCGUGCAACAGUUAUCAUCACCUAUCAACGGAAUCGAGUCUUUGACUAGUAUUACCGAACCAAUAGGCUUCCAAGUCGGAUCUUUUGCCAAAAACUAUCUGAUCAAUGAACUGAAUAUUCCAAGGUCUAGACUUAUUCCACUUGGCUCACCUGAAGAAUAUGCAGAAGCCCUUGAGAAGAGAACCGUAGCUGCAAUAGUCGAUGAGCGACCAUACAUGGAUCUCUUCCUCUCGGACCACUGUGAAUUAUCGGUUCGAGGGCAGGAGUUCACCAAACGCGGUUGGGGAUUUGCAUUUCCUCGAGACUCCCCACUAGCCAUUGACAUGUCUACUGCCAUCCUUGCUCUAUCUGAGAACGGCGAGCUUCAGAAAAUUCAUGAAAAAUGGCUGUCGAGAAGUGCUUGUAGUUCUGAGGAAUCAGAGGAUGAAUCAGAGGAGCUGGACUUAAAAAGCUUCUGGGGACUAUUCCUUAUAUGCGGAACCGCAUGUAUUCUCGCUAUCCUCGUGUACUUUCUGAUGAUCUUUCGCCAGUUCAGUCGGCAUUGCCCCGAGGAACCUGAUUCUAAAAGUCGUGACAGAUCCUAUUCUGCACGUCUUAGAGCAUGUCUGUCAUUCGUUGAUAAAAAGGUCGAAAGAUCUCAAAGCAACUCGAAAAGAAAGCGAGAGAGUAUGUCCCCCUAAUGGUUAUCAUAAAGAGAAUGUAUGAACUUACAGAUCAGGGAAGAUAGAGAUUGACAUCUUCCAUGAAAGGAAAUAAUCAGGUUUCACUGCCAGUUCUAGAGAACCGGCUUCUGCGUUUUUCGAGCAC